AUGGCUGCUGGAGUUCUGUUCCUAGACCGUAGAGGGCUUCAAAGAUGUGGCAAAAAGCUGCAGGUUAAGAUGGAUCAACUACUCAGACCUGACUUGAAACGUGGUAGCUUCUCUCACCAAGAAGAAUGGGCACAGAUAGCUAAACAUCUGCCAGGAAGAACAGACAAUGAAGUGAAGAACUUCUGGAACUCAACUAUAAAGAAGAAGCUCAUGUCUCGUACGGUGGAUGGACUCAAUACAAUGAUCACUACUUCACCUAAUGAGGACUUGUCACAACUAGUUAACACAUAUCCAUCUGGUCACUUUUACUUUUCACCCUCUGAUCACCACCUGUUCAUCCCAACAAGUUCUUGUCCUUUGGAUCAUCAACUCAUGAAUCAGUACUACAACCACAAUUACUCUUCUUCAGUGAUCUUUGAUAUAAACUCAUCAGUUUCUUUGCAGUUUCAAGAAGAUAAACAAUUACUUCCACUGGUUGCAGACAUUCAAGACCAUCAUGCAAGUGCUUUACAGUCUCUGUCAGUGUUGCAAGAAAUGGGACCUAGUGUUAGGACUUACCCUAAUCCUACAGACUACCUGGAUGUGCUCAUUGGCUCAUCUUCUUUAGCAUCAGCAUCUUGUGGCAGUAACCUUGCUAUGAACCCUUACAUGCAGCCAUUUUGGGCACCUUGA